AUGGAUGAUAAAGACAAGCCUAAGAAAGACAUGGAGUCCACUGAACCCCCGACUGAUAACAACAAUCCGCAUAAGAAGCAAAAAUGGGGCACAAAGAUAGAGUUCCUCUUGACAUGCCUUUCCUAUGUCAUCGGUUUCGGCAAUAUCUGGAGAUUUCCAUACAUUUGCUACAAAAACGGCGGAGGAGCGUUUCUCAUACCCUAUGCCUUAAGUCUGGCGUUCAUUGGCUUUCCUCUAAUGGUAUUUGAGAUGACUUUAGGACAAAUCAUGCCUAUAUUUGAAGGCAUCGGUAUUUCCAUGUUUAUUAUGGUAGCCGUUCAGGCCGUGUACUACAAUAUGUUAGUCGCUAUUUCUCUGCGCUACUUCUUUGGCUCCUUUACCACGGAUGACCUCCCGUGGAAGCACUGCAACUCGAAAUGGUUGAACUGUACGGAAGGCCUAAUUGGGAACGACACGGCCCUUAAGAAUCCAAGUGAUGAGUACUUUCACAAACAGGUGCUUCAUAUCAAUGAUGACAUCUCAAACAUUGGGACACUUGUGUGGCCUCUCGUGGGCUGUCUAUUCCUCGCCUGGCUUUUGGUCUUUCUUUCACUCGCAAAAGGGGUUAAAAGUAUGGGAAAAGGGAUAACCCUUCCGGGGGCCUGGGAUGGCAUCAAAUUCUACAUAACCCCCGAUUUUACAAAACUUUUUGGAUCUCAGGUGUGGAUUGAUGCGAGUCAACAGAUAUUCUUUAGUUUAGGCAUAUCAUGGGGAACAAUGAUAACCCUGGCAAGUUAUAAUGACUUUGAAAACCAUUUGAUAAGCGACGCCACUAUAAUAGCCGUGGGAAACAGUUUCACCAGUAUUUCGGCCGGGUUUGUCAUAUUUGCAUACAUGGGUGCCGUCGCACACAAGCGCCAGGUAGAGGUGUCUAAUGUGGCCACCGGGGGGUCAGGGCUGGCAUUCAUGAUCUAUCCCGAGGCCGUGGCAAUGUUCCCGUGGGGACAGCUAUUUUCCAUUGUAUUCUUCUUUAUGUUGAUUUUGCUGGGAAUGGGAUCCCAGACCCCAAACAUGGAGAGCCUGGUGUCAGCGACGCUGGACUACCGGCCCGACAGACGUCAAUACCGUAUUGUAAUACUCAUCCUCUUCUGUGUGUUUGGCUUUAACUUAGGGCUCAUUUACUGCAAUCAAGCCGGCAUGUAUUGGUUCUCACUAUUCAACGACUUCGUGGCCUCCACUUCGGCAAUGAUUGUGGGUUUGGUGGAAGUGGUGUCCAUCGCGUGGAUAUACGGCAUCGACAAGUUCAUGGACCACAUCAAAGAGAUGGUGGGCCGGUAUCCCAAACCCAGAAUAUUCUGGAAGAUUGUCUGGCAGUACAUCACACCAGUAGCUCUCACCGUACUACUGAUCGCUACAGUCAUUACGACUUCGGCGCCGGUAUAUCGUGGCUAUGUCUACCCCUCGUGGACUGCAUGGCUUGGGUGGGCUAUCAUUCUUGGUCAGGUAUUACCUAUACCUGUGAUUGCCGCGUAUUACCUUCACAAGUGUUAUUGGGAUGACCAGAUUAACUUAAAAGAGGUGUCGGUGCCAGAUGUGGACUGGAAGUCUGCCGAAGCCAGUAAUACAAGUACUGAGAGUAACAAAACGGUAUUACCUAUACCUGUGAUUGCCGCGUAUUACCUUCACAAGUGUUAUUGGGAUGACCAGAUUAACUUAAAAGAGGUGUCAGUGCCAGAUGUGGACUGGAAGUCUGCCGAAGCCAGUAAUACAAGUACUGAGAGUAACAAAACAGUUACGGAAUAA